CCACCUCAACCCUGCAACCACUGUGGCAGAUGGGCCAAAGGCAAGGUUGGGGUAGGCAAGAAUAUCCUCCACUGGAAAUUUUGGGGCAUAUUUUGCUAGGCUGCUCCCAGCAAGGCACACCCAUCCUGCCAGCCCUGAGAUCCACCCCUGCCACUCAGAUUUGGUGCUGGUCCUUCUGCUGUGCUCAGACUGACUGUGUGGGGCAGAUGCUGCAGCUCCAGCUCGUGGUGGUGCAUUUGGCCCUUGUGGUUGCCCUGCUGUGGUGGAACUCCAGCUCCGUGCUCCUUGCAGAGGCAGCUCCCGAGCCUCUGGAGCCUUCUUCUGCUCUGGGCAUGGGAGACAACCCCAUUGCCAGUGAUGAGCAGUCAGCCCCCAACCUGGCAGCCAAGCUGUUCCUUCUGGAUGACUUGGUGUCUCUGGAGAACGAGGUGACCGAGACCAAGAGGAAAAGAAGCUUCCCAGGGUUUGGCUCCCCGAUUGACAGAAUUUCUUCACCCUCUGUGGGUGCUAAAGGCAAACAGAGGAAAGUGCUUGAGCUGCCUAAGAGAAGGUUUGGAGUUCCUCUGGACCGGAUUGGAGUGAGCCACCUCGGCAACACCAGGGGUUAGCAGUUCCUGCAGAUGCUUCUAUUCUGAGUGAGUGAUGCUGUAUUGGAAACAUGACAGAGAUAUGGAAGAUGCCUCACAGCGUGUCUUGUCUUUGCCUAAUGAUACAGCACUCCAGGAAUUGACCUCCUGCAAAAUCUGUUUCAAGUUGCAUUUUACAAACGUUGCAUUUACAAAUAAUAACAUAUUCAGUCCAUCAGGUCAGAAUGCUCUCACAGCUGUGCACAAUGUCACUGGUAGGAGGGAACAGAGAAUAUGUGUAUAUUUUUAUUGCAUGGCAUUUAUCUGUUAAACUUGUAGAAUUUUAUUAUCCUAGUCAGGAUUGAGAGUUUUUUGAUUGAAAAUAAAACUUCCAGAGAUGCCAACA